AUGACCAAAUCAGCCAGCUUCGACGUCCUAGGAACAUGUUUCCACUUCCAGCCCGCCAUUGACACAAUAGCAGAACGUCUUGGUUCCAAACUCAAUGCAAUAGGUGUCGACCCCAAAUCUCUCUUCUUCAGCUGGUUCUACGCUGCCCAACGCGACUUCACCUACGCUUCCAUGUGCGGAGCCUACAAGCCCAUAGCUCAGAUCUUCAAGCUCACAUUCAAACGAGCCUGCUUGAUUCUCGAUCUUCCUGCGGAUCAAGUGAGCGAUGAUGACGUAGCGGCUAUUAUGCAGCAGAUUACUAAAUUACCUCCGAGAGAAGGAUUGAAGGAAUGCUACGAUGGCUUAAGGGCAGCAGGUUGGGACGUCUCCGGCGUAACGAACGGAGGCAAGCAGACGAGUCUGAAGUACUACGAGCUUGCUAACAUCGAGCUGGACUCCGAUCAUUUGCUCUCAUGUGAUGACAUCCAGGUGGCGAAGCCGGACGUCAAGGUCUACCAGACAGCUCAUCUGCAUCUUACUUCUCGUGGUGUGGGCCAGGAAGGCGAUGGCGAGAGAUGGUUCGUCGCGGCGCAUGCGUGGGAUUUGAUUGCGGCGAGGAAGGCGGGUUUCAAGACGGCGUAUCUGUAUCAUGAGGAGCACGAUCCUGUUACUGAGAUUUUUGGGCAGUUUGAUAUCUAUGCGCGGGAUUUCAACGAGUUGUUGCAGAAGAUGAAGGCUGUUUAG